UGUUUGCGCUACGAAACAUCAGUGGGCACCUUUUGGGCUAACAAUAAGGACAUGAACUAUGUAUUGUUCUGCCACCAUAAAGGACAAAUGAAGGAGCUUCAAAUUCAAGAUGAGGGUUCAUUCCACAAGGUCAAGAGGAGCUGUCUCAGACCUAGCAGGAGGGGAAGCACAGAGGAAAAGACCAUAGACACCAUUAAUACUGCAGCAGCUGCUACAGACACAGAGGCCACACAUAAAGCAAAGGAGGCUGACAGGAAGACUGUGGAUAUCACAGAGCUGCAUUCAUUAAUACGCCAUGAGAGACACAAACCCUUGGUGGAUAUUAUCAGAAAUAGACACAGAGGAGCACGUAUAGCGUGUAUGAAGGAAAAAUUGUCCCAAAGAAGGCAGCAAGAACUACAUGACUCAACCAGUGGCCUGAGGCAGCGACAAAAGAUCCACCAGCAGCUUUUUAAACCCGAGCCUCACCUAUGGGGUGACUCUACCAGCGUCUACCGUAAACACUCAAAGAAACAGACAGGCAAGAGCCCACAGGUCCUCACCUACCACCAGAUUCCUCUGCUUACACUGGACUGGAACAAACCACAGGGGUCUGAUGGUGUGGAAGAUAUCUGGACUGGAGGAGCUACAUCGACUUUGUCACCAGUGGAGAAUAUGGAGAAUGCACCUUCAGUCAGCGAUAUAUGGGAGACCUUUCUUAAUGGCACGGACAAAACACUGAUGAGGGUGCGUCUGUGUGUGACGUAUGGCAGGCAUUCCUUAACGGGCCAAGCUACGAGGAUCAUUCUGGUGUUCCGGAGUCAGAGUGGCUGCAGACAGCAGCAUCGGUGUCUCCCUCAAAUGAUAAAAUAACGCGACAUGUAGCAAGAAGUCGAGAGCGCAUAUCUCAUGUGGGCAAAAAUACACCCGAACCCUCAGUUGAAAACACCUCAGCCGAGUGUCAGCCACUGUCACAUGCUUAUGAACCCUCUCUGGCUACUGUCUGCGACUCAUGUGUCAGUACCCCAAGAGACGACAGCGCAUUGACACAACAUACACCCCAAAGGUCACAGACAAACCCCAUAACAGAUACUUUCAAGGAAUCCAGACUCUUGGGGCCAGCAUACGUGUCCGAGGGCUCUGUUGACAGUUCCUCUCAGUGGCACAAGAAUGUGUCCUGGGGGCAAGAAAGGGGAGAAUUAACAGGAAGAGCAGGAGGAAUAGGAGGAGAUGAGCCCUUU